AUGACAAUGGACGUUAUAUGUCGAUGUGCAUUUGGAAUCGACACCGAUUUACAAAACAAUCCAAAUAAUAUAUAUUUCAAGAAAGUGGAGGAGUUCUUUACUCUGAUGACUGAAGAGCCAAUUAAUGAUGAAAUGCAGGACAGCAGCAAGGCAAACUAUCGGCUGACUCGAGAAGAAAUUAUCAACAAUAUCCUUAUGUUCAUGGCGGCAGGAUAUGAAACAACAUCAACUGCUUUGGCUUAUGCAACGUAUGAACUUGCUAGACAUCCAGAAGUUCUCCAGAAACUUCAGACUGAAAUCGACCAACUUCCACUGAGCAAUAGUGAUAAAUCCGACGAAGAAACAAAAGAAUAUCCCGAUUAUGACGUAGUUGCGCUGAUGCCUUAUAUGGACAUGUUUGUUUCCGAGGUCUUAAGAAUGUAUCCCAUUGCAAAUGGAGCCGUUCAACGAAGUGCCUCUGAAGAUACGAUCAUCCAAGGAAUUAAAAUUGAAAAAGGUACCUUAGUGUAUGCUGAUGUCUAUUCAGUUCAUUACGAUCGCGAUCUUUGGGGUCCUGAAGAUCCCAUAUUUGGACCAACGACGAAUCGUGUUUCUGAAUAA